AUGUCUCAAAUCGAAUUUCUUCCCAUCAUCGCGCUCUUGACGCAGCUUGUCACCUCUCAAAAGCUUCUCGUUGUGAUCACCGAGGGAAUCUCUGGCUCAGAUUUCUAUCGUUUCUCCGGUAAACCACCGUUUGAUACAUUCGAGAAUGAGGGCGUUUGGUCCACCCGAGUGGUGCCCGUUUUCCCGACGCUGCCAUUCCCCAAUCGGCACACGAUGCUUACAGGCGUUCUCCCCAAAAAACAUGAGCUUAUCGAUGAGUGGAUGUUGAAUUGGAAAACGGGGGAAACGUUCGCGAAUUUCACUCAACAAUCCGACUUUGAUGCACAAAAAUGGUGGAAUGUGCCUCCAGUUUACCUCAGCGCGACACGAGCUGGCGCCAAGACUGCGCUCUUUUUCUUCCCGGAGUGCUUUGUGGAAUGGUCUCCGCAACUCACAAUUUGUAUCCCACCAAGAGAGCCACCGAGUGAUGAAGAGGCUGACAGCAUUGCUGCCUCCAUUCUACAAGCUACAAAAUGGGCCGACUUGACAAUGGUUUACGAUUCGUGGAUUGGAGCCGAGAUGGCUGACGAGGGAUCGUUGAGGGGAGACUCGCCCGCACUGCAGCGACUAGCUAAUUGGCUCUAUCGCUUUUCGGCGGCUGCUCGGGAACGUGUCGAUCUCAACUUGAUCUUUGUCUCAAUGCAUGGAAGAAUUCAGGUUCCAAAGGAAAACGUUCAAAUUCUCGACAAUUUCGUUCCAAUGGAGAUGAUCGAGAAAACGGUCGGACGUGGAGCAAUUCUUCAGAUUAAAGCGACUCAAGGGAAAACUCAUCAAGUCUACAGUCUCCUCAACGAGACGAAUCCGAUCCCGAACGUGAAAGUUUUCUUCACAGCGCCCCGUGCCGGGAAUCUUCCCCGCUUUUUCCACUUUCGAAAGAGUCACUUGGUGGCCGAUCUCUUGUUGCUGGCGAAUCCGGGAUAUGGGAUCGUUGUGAAAAACGAAGAGAAGCGCUUUCCACCCUCAAACAGCUCAUCUCAAUUAGGGAAAUCUCUGGCCGGCUACAACCCUCAUCUCCCGUCGAUGAGCGGACUGUUUUUGGCGAUCGGGCCAGCUUUUCGCCCGUCUUUCCGCAAAGGUUCAAUUGAAAUUUGCGACAUAGCGGCGCUGAUUUGCUCUCUCGUUCAUGUUGAGUGCCCAAAAGUUGGCUGCGCUCGAAUCAAGCGGAUUGACGACAUUUUGACGAGCGACGCGCGGAUGGAGGUGCGACGCGCCUUUCAGAACGCGUCAUUCUCGAGGCGAAACGGGUUCUCGCAGUAUAUUAUCACCAUUUUCAUCUGUUUAUCUUUAUUUCAUAUCAUUUUG